CUGCAUGAUUAGAAGUCGUCUGCACCCACACAACGCCGUGAUCGCCUGAAUGGGUGUUUGAAAUUUGAAAAGUGUAAUUCUGAAAAACCGAUACUUAAUCGGUUAAUGAUAGAAUUACUUUUUCAUAUUUUCGGUGCAUAUCAUCAAACGCAAAUCGAUCGUUUGCUCGAGCAUAUCCCAUUUCAUUUUCGAAUGUUAUUCACGGAGUUUGACGUUUGACGUUCCAUUCACGCAGCCAGGUCUCGCAGAUAUCAAAGGAUAACUUUUGACUAAAAAUUUGAUAUGUUUUCCAUUGAAGAUAUUUACGAACUCGGUGCAAUCGAGGUUGCCAUCUUGCAGAAUGCGUAAGUCUGCAAGAGAAUCAAUGUACCAUGUAUUACUUGUAGUUCCAUGUCAUCUGCGGUUUUUUCAUGUGAAGUUUGUAUCAUGCAGGUUUCCAAAAAGAGAAGAGCUGUUGUUAACCUUCACUAUAGUGGCAGAUCCAGGCUUCACAUUUUUAAUCUUAGUACCGCUCUUUGCGAUCCUAAGUCCUAAACUAUCAUCUGAUGUUCUUAUGGUCAGUAUUGUGACCGAGUGGUCUAACAUACUCCUGCAAUGGCUAUUCAUGGAGGAAAGACCUUACUGGUGGGCCAAAGAACGAGAGCUACUUCGGAAGUAUCCAGUGCCCGUUCUCCGGCAGACUCCAUUCACAUGCGAAACUAGUCCUGGAUCUCCUUCUGGUCACAUGAUGGGAUCUGCUGCCGUGCUUUACACAAUCAUGCACUUUAUAAAUGAUUCGAUAAGCAGGCAUACGAGUUUUAGUGAGGCUAAUGCACGGAGAGUGAAGCUGUUGCUUUGGAUGUUGUUUAUUGCUAUCGAAGUAUUGAUAGCUGCAUCUCGAAUUUACUUUGCCACACAUUUUCCACAUCAAUGCUUCCUCGGAGUAUUAAUUGGUAUAUUCAUAGCUCGGCUGUUUUUGUGCGAUCCUACUUUCUCAGCCUGGUGGCAACAUACUCGUACACGACAACUACUUAUCGCACCUGCAAUAAUGAUUUUCUUCUCCUAUGGAGCUCAUUUGCUUCAGAAAAGCCUUGACAUUGAUCCACAUUGGAGUAUUAAAAUGGCUUUCAAGUGGUGUGCCAGCCCUGAAUGGGUUCAUGUUGAUACAACGCCCUUUUUUUCCCUUGUGAGAGUGUCUGGCGUAGCAUAUGGAUUAGCUCUAAUAGGACCUGUUGUAACCAAGCAAACUCGCUCCAGAAAAUCGUUAAACUAUUUGGUAACAGGAGUGCUUAUUUCUGGUUUUACUAUUAUCAUAUACCACGCUCAAGCAUGGGUUCCAACAGAUGAAAGGAUAACAUUUUACCUAGGUGUGUUUACGCUCUACGCCUUUCAACCCUACAUCUACUUCGUAAUCGUGCCAUUUUUGGCGUCUCACUGUGUGCAUUUCUUCGACCCGAGCUUGAACUAAAAACAGAUUAAUAAAUAGGUUCAAAUUAGCAGGAGCUUUAAGACCAUAAUUAUUUAUUUAUGAUUCAGAGCGUAAUGUAUCAAAGUAGACCUAGUUAUUUUUUAUUUAAUUUAAAAUAAGGCCAAAGAUCUUCUGAAUUUUUGAAUCAUCUGAUUCUUGUCAUUUCACGUACUCACAACAUUUCGAUCACCUUAUCGGUAACAAUAAAAAUAUCAUUCACCUUGGA